GGUCUUGUGAGUAUCGGUUUGGUUGGUUUUUACUCUGGCUAUAGCUGCUUCAAGGGACGGAAGAGAGCAGGAGGGGAACACGGAGGUCUUUGACAAUUUAACAGCUCACUCUUGAAAGGAUGGCUGCUAUCAGGAAGAAGUUGGUGAUAGUUGGGGAUGGUGCGUGUGGGAAGACCUGCCUGCUCAUCGUCUUCAGUAAGGACCAGUUCCCCGAGGUCUACGUCCCCACUGUGUUUGAGAACUACAUCGCUGACAUUGAAGUGGAUGGGAAACAGGUGGAGUUAGCGUUGUGGGAUACAGCGGGUCAGGAAGACUAUGACCGGCUGAGGCCUCUCUCCUACCCCGACACGCAUGUUAUCCUCAUGUGUUUCUCCAUAGACAGCCCUGACAGUUUAGAGAACAUUCCUGAGAAAUGGACCCCUGAAGUGAAACACUUUUGUCCCAAUGUCCCCAUCAUUCUCGUGGGCAACAAGAAGGACCUUAGGAAUGAUGAACACACACGCAGAGAGCUGGCCAAGAUGAAACAGGAGCCCGUUAAGUCUGAGGAGGGCAGAGACAUGGCAAACCGCAUCAGUGCCUUCGGCUACCUGGAGUGCUCGGCUAAGACCAAGGAUGGAGUGCGGGAGGUGUUUGAGAUGGCCACCAGAGCGGCGCUGCAGGUCCGCAAGCACAAGAAGACGGGCGCCUGCCAGCUACUGUGAAGGGACAGAGUUUGUCGGCCAAUCAGCACCCCCCCCCCCCCCCCCCCCGUACACACAGCGCAAACUUAGAGAAACCCUAAAUCAAUGGCUUCCGUGGACUAUACUUACUUUACAAUAUAUGCCACAGGAUAUUAUGAAGGACUGACACACCUGUUUUUAAAAGCAAAACAAAUCAGCCUUUUUCUUUUUUUUCAAAACUUUUCCUCUGCUACUCACACACUUGUUUGUUUGCUCUUUCGUUUUCCUCCACCAGGCCCUCGGAGUGAACGACCUGUCCAUUCCUCCUAUAUGAAUGUAUGUUUGUAUUUCUAUGUGCAUAUACUUUACAAAUAUAUCAUGCCUGUGUUAUGAUUGUUUACAGAGAAGGUUUGUGAGUCCCAUGUCCACUAAAUGGCAUUUAGAUGUUCCUUAACAGUAUGGAGACCCUGCUUCUCCUAGUCUUCUUUUAUACAUCAGCUUCAGUCACGAUCCACCCAUAUGUCCCGCCUAUUCAUUUGACACCCUUAUUUCACCAAGUGCUAAAUCAGCAGACCUCCAUUUUCCCCAGCCUUUCUCUCCUGACAUUAAGGACUAAAUUUAGAAAUGUGUUCACUCUGCAUUAAUCACUGAAACCUACAUAAACUGAAGCAGCAGUAACUCUUUGUGCAGAGAGGUUUUGGACUGCACCUUGCUCUGUCUGUCCCCCAUGGUGAUCGCUUAAGCCGGCACUGAAAACAGUGGUCUAUUGUCAUGGACACAAUACUCUGUCACACUUAUAGUGGCUGAAAAAACUUCCAAAAGGUCACCAAACAAGCCUGCUGUCUGAACUCGGUAAACAGUCGUCAUAUCGCUGUGUACUCAAUUUGCAGGUUUGAAUGCACAUUGCUCACAGAUUAAUAUUCAGGGCAGAUUAUAGGCAUAGUAUGUGAAUACACAUUUCUAAAUGAAAGCUUGAUGACAUAUAAAAUGUUGUUUUUACCGAUGUGCCAUGUCCUCAGAUUGGCUCACCAUAACAUAAGCACCCAUGACUAUUUAAAACUGGGGCUUUGUUGUUGUAUAUCAGUUCUUUAUUUGACACUACACCCAAGGGACGUUCCUUGAAAUGUGAUUUGAUAGCUGAGUCCAAGCCAGUGAUUCUAUAUCAUACCACUGACACUUAUUAUAUUUUCUAGUCCCUACAUUGAUCUUACCAACAUUAUACGACAACGUUCGAGAUCUUUUCAUCCAGUACAUUCAGCUCCAUAGAGAUGUUACAAGUUUGGCUAACUUCUGGACUGUGCCUCUAUGUCUGUGAUAUCACACGUCAUAGUCCACGAUAAAAUGUUGAUGGUGAUGACUCUUGACAAACAGGAGUGGGAUGUGUUGAAUGUCUGGAUGAGUCAUUAAAGUAUCUUUGAAAUACUG